UCUGGUCACCCUCCUAUGCUGCCAAAACAGAAAUUUUGGCGUAAACUAACUCAGAGUCAGAGAAGGAGCGCACAGCGAGACCAGUCCUCAGUGCCAUUGUCUAUUCACCACACCCACCGGACGGAGCAGUGCUUUGGUGAGGCGUUCGAAAAACACCUACCAUCUCCCAUUACACAGCCCUGGCAAGAUUCUCAGCUAGCCGCCACUCGUCGGUUCAUCAACGAAUCAGGCAGAAUUGAUCCGAAAGGCUUGUGGGAACCCUGUGAAAACAUGGAACAACGCGUCUCCAGCUUACAACAACGCCUUCAAGCCAGACGAGACCUCUACAGCGGUACCAGCGUGGUCACGACUCCUGCUAUCAAUCCGGGGACCCCCGCCUUGUCUACCACAACACCGGGGGGAAUUACGCCGCGAAUGGGUGUACCAGAUACCUCACCCAAAAAUGUAAAUGAUGCAUUGAACCUAUUAAAAGCGAGUCGAGAAAGUACCAAGACAUCAAAAAUCGGAGAACCUGCCAUGGAUUCGAAUAAGCGAGCACAUGGAAACGAAAAUAAUAAUCUUGCCCCACCACCUACAGCUCCCAAACCUACCAUUCCAGCCAGACCGGCCGCCUCAAGAGCUGUUUCUGAAUUGAGGGACCAACUACCAACUUCUGCAAUUCAAUCCAAGAAGCUUCGCCAGUUGGAUGGCUAUGUGGGGUUUGCCAAUUUGCCAAAUCAAGUCUAUAGAAAGGCAGUCAAGAAGGGCUUUGAAUUCACGCUAAUGGUCGCUGGGGAGUCUGGAUUGGGGAAGUCGACCUUAAUCAACUCAAUGUUUCUAACUGACAUAUAUUCUGUAGAGCAUCCCGGUCCGUCGGCAAGGAUUAAAAAAACAGUCAACGUGGAUACCAACAAUGUUCUUCUGCAAGAGAACGGGGUCAAUCUGAGUCUAACAAUUGUUGACACCCCUGGCUUUGGCGAUGCCGUCGAUAAUUCUGAUUGCUGGGAUCCAGUCAUUCAAUAUGUAGAAUCUCAGUACGAGAAUUUUCUGGAUGCAGAGACACGAGUCAAUCGAAUCGUUCUUCCUGAUACUCGAGUACACGCUUGUGUAUAUUUUAUUGCUCCGUCUGGACAUGGAUUGAAACCUUUGGAUGUGGAGUUCAUGCAAAGGUUGCACGACAAGGUGAAUAUUAUUCCUGUCAUUGCGAAAUCUGAUACGAUGACCCCAGAGGAAGUGGCUCGGUUCAAAAAGCAAAUUUUGAACCAAAUAGUCCAAAGUCGUAUCAAGAUAUAUGAAUUUCCCGAAUCCGAAACUGAUGAAGAUAACGAAAAGCAUGAGAACAGGAAGAUGAAGGAUCGAGUGCCAUUUGCAAUUGUGGGAUCGAAUACCAUCAUUGAAAAUGGUGAUGGGAAAAAGGUCCGCGGGCGAAAAUAUCCUUGGGGAAUUGUCGAUAUUGAGAACCUUGAUCAAUGCGACUUUAUUCCUCUUCGAAAUAUGCUUAUUCGUACCAAUUUGCAAGACUUGAAGCAAGUUACAAACGACGUUCAUUACGAGAAUUAUCGUUGUCGAAAACUUGCCGGUGUAGCAGGUGGAUCGGUGGAUAAAAUUCCUAACAGGAAUCCAAUGGCUCAGAUCGAGGAAGAACGGCGUGAGCAUUGCAACAAGCUUCUCAAGAUGGAAAAAGAAAUGGAAGAAGUUUUUGAAAGGAAAGUUCGAGAGAAAAAACAAAAGUUAUCUGAUUCGGAAAAUGAUCUGGAGAAACGUCAUAAGGAGUCCAAGGAGAAACUGGAGCAACAAAAGCGGGAAUUGGAGAACAAGAUGUUAGCAUUUGAGCAAGAGAAAGCUGCUUGGGAACAGGCUCACCAUGUCACCAUAGACGAAUUGAAACGGCUGUCCAUGGAAAGCUUAGACGGCGGGAAGAAGAAAAAAGGCGGUGCCCUAAGCGGAGUUUCAUUUCGCAUGGGACGUUAAGAGGUCGAGAGUGCCACACUCGAGCACGAAAACAAACUAUUUCACCAGUUCCAUGUAUUUUCCAAAUAUUGCUUAUUUCCGUUUUCCUCUAUUGCGUGUGACUUGCGUGAAACUACUAUAUUGGUUGACGAUGAUGAAAAAGUGGUCAUGCCAUCACAAAGUUCUCACUUUAAUGUUAGUAUGUAAGGUCUGGUAUUAUUAAAAUGUGACUUUUAAUCUUGUA